GGCAAUUUUCUCCGCCGGCACCAAACCCAAAACAGAUCUCGGGUCAAUAUUCUCACGAAAUUCUGGGUAAAUCUGCAAUUCUCUGAGACUCUCUCUCAACGGGUAAAGUAAUGGCAUAACACCCGAUAAGGGCAAGAAUCGCCGCGCGUUAUAAGUAUUCAACCUUUUUCAUCAUCCAGAUGUUCUCUCAGUAUCUUCCGUUGAACAAUUAAUAUCAUGGCAGACACACGAUUCAAGCUGAACACCGGCGCCGAGAUCCCCGCUCUUGGGUUGGGCACCUGGCAGAGCGACACGGGUUUGGUGAAGAAAGCUGUCGCGUAUGCGCUUUCGGUUGGCUACAAGCACAUUGAUGCUGCGUACUGCUAUGGGAACGAAGAUGAGGUGGGGGAGGGGUUGAAGGAGGCAUUCGACGGCGGCAUCAAGAGAGAAGACGUGUUUGUCACCACAAAGCUAUGGUGUACCUACCAUUCCAGAGUGGAGCAAAAUUUGGAUAUGAGCUUGAAGAGCUUGGGAUUAGACUAUGUCGAUUUAUAUUUAAUGCACUGGCCGGUUGCGAUGAACCCAGAAGGUAACCACGAGAAAUUCCCCAAGCAUCCUGACGGCUCGCGCGACUUGGUCAAAGAUUGGUCCCACAUCGAAACAUGGAAAUCAAUGGAAAAAUUAUUGGCGACUGGGAAAGUCAAGGCAAUUGGCGUUGCGAACUACUCAGUCCGAUACCUCGAGCAACUUCUGCCACACUGCACAGUCGUACCUGCCGUCAAUCAGAUCGAGAAUCAUCCUUCUCUGCCACAGCAAGAGAUCGUGGAUUUCUGUAAAGCGAAAGGCAUACAUAUCACGGCAUACAGUCCUCUGGGCAGCACAGGAAGUCCCAUGAUGAAAGAGAAGGCUAUACUUGAGGUUGCAGAGAAGAGAAGCAUCACUCCAGCUUCAGUACUAUUAAGCUAUCAUAUUUCCCGAGGAAGCUCUGUCCUCGCAAAAUCGGUCAACCCUGAAAGGAUAAAAGCCAAUAUGGACAUUGUCAAACUUGAUGCCUCCGACAUGAAGACUCUAAACGAUUAUUCUCUUGAGCUGGUUAAAUCUGGAAAGGUGGUGCGAUAUGUCUAUCCGGCUUUUGGCGUCGAGUUCGGAUUCCCAGACAAAUCAUAAGAAUGGAAAAUACGACACCCAUCUGCAUCUAGAACGGCAUGAGUUAUGAUGGGAUGCUUAGACGGUCCAAAGCUGCGGGAGUUCCAAUAGAACAGAAAUUUUGGUGAGCAAUUGAAUUACGCCUUGCUCGCAGCGUUUUCUUGCCAACGAAGUUGCAUGGUGCU